GUGCUGGAGCUCACCUCCCAGUUCGACCUGCCGCCCAGCGUCGUGGGGCUGUGCGAGGGCUCUGCGCGGCCCUCCACCCCGCGCUCCCCGGGCCAAGCCUCCCUCCCUGGGCGGCUCCAAGCCAGCGCGGCUCCCCGCUCCCGACCGCUGCGCUGAGGCCUGCGGCGCCUGGACGGCCACCAUGAAGUUCAACCCCUUCGUGACCUCGGACCGAAGCAAAAACCGCAAACGCCACUUCAAUGCCCCCUCGCACGUUCGCAGGAAGAUCAUGUCUUCCCCGCUUUCCAAGGAGCUGCGGCAGAAGUACAAUGUCCGCUCCAUGCCCAUCCGCAAGGACGACGAGGUCCAGGUGGUUCGAGGACAUUACAAAGGUCAGCAAAUUGGCAAGGUAGUCCAGGUGUACAGAAAGAAAUACGUCAUCUACAUUGAGCGGGUGCAGCGUGAGAAGGCUAAUGGCACAACCGUCCACGUGGGCAUCCACCCAAGCAAGGUAGUUAUCACCAGGCUAAAAUUGGAUAAAGAUAGGAAAAAAAUUCUUGAACGCAAAGCCAAGUCUCGGCAAGUUGGAAAAGAGAAAGGCAAAUACAAGGAAGAGCUCAUUGAGAAGAGGCAGGAGUGAGGGCAGCCCUCGUGCAACCACGGUUCAACUGGAAAUGUCUGGUGUGUGCUUCUCUGGGACUUCUCAAGGUCUCUGGAAUGUUCCAUUGCCCUCCGGUUUUGUUAUCCAUCUGUGGCUCUGUAAAUCUGCUUUUGUAAUUUUGAUUAAUAAUUUUUUGAAUAAAAAUUGGAACUGUUUCCUA